ACUGGAUUCAUCCAACUUACAAAGCACAUCUUUUUUAAUGCCCGAAACGAAACCGCAGCUCCCGGAGUACGAGAAGCUCAAGCAAAAGCUCCACGACACGAUUCUCAAAAAGCACGAAAUCGACAAGGAGCUCGCGCAGUUCGAGGAAGAAAUCUAUACCAAGGAGUCCGAAUACUUCUCGGAGUGCCUCUAUGGCAAUAUCAUCAAGGGAUUUGAAAACUUCCACAAGAGUAACCCCGCAAACGUGUCCACCUUUAAACGCAAGUUUCAGUUCACUGAUGACGACCGCAUCUUCUCGCUCAGCAGCGCCAGCUAUAUAAAGCACUUAAAGAAGACCAACGGCAGUGCCGCUGUCGCCAGUCUCGGGCUUCCCGCGAACAUUGGCAAGAUGGUGGACGACGACGACUUGAUCGACGAGAUCGACAGCGUCACGGGAACUCCGUCCUCUAACGGCCGGAAGCGCAAGAAAGAGGACUAGUAAGUAUUUGGGUGUAUAUUAGGAAGUUUUAGCUUAACAGGUUAUCGGCGGUUAAAAUUUGUAAGAGUGUGGCAGGGAAUGGGUUUUACCUACAUGCACGAGGCGCUAUGUGGGCGUCUGUCGUAAAAAGAACAGUAGCAUGGCAUUUGUGUAUAUUUAACCAAGGAAUUUA